UAGGAUGCUUGUAUUGAUACAUUUGAGUUAGCCUUCUGUGUGUAAGCGUGUGUCUGUGAUCUGUUAGUUUUUCUUUUCUAGCAACUCAGUAUCAGUUUCUAUGCCGUCCGCAGGCAACGAUAACAAUGGCCGCCCAGUCUUCAGCCUUCAAGAGCUCACAAAAGAGCCCUUGCUUCAGAUUCCGGACUGCUAUGUCUGUGAAGACGAAGAAUCUACAAAUCCCUCGCAAGAGGCCAACAAUAUUUCCUCCCCAUCACUUCCUACCAUCGACAUGAAACUUUUAAUGUCUGGGGAGGCCUCGGAGUUGGAGAAGUUGCAUGCCACUUGCAGCGAAUGGGGGUUCUUUCAGUUGCUGAACCAUGGAGUUAGUUCUUCAUUGAUUGAGAAAGUAAAAUCCGAAGUUGAAGAAUUUUUCAAUCUUCCCUUAGAAAAGAAAAUGGAAUACAAGCGGGGCCCAAAAGAUGUUGAAGGCUAUGGGCUGGCCUUGCCCCCAUCAUCACAAGAUCAAAAGUUUGACUGGGGGGAUAGAUUUUACAUGGUGAUCAAUCCUGUUCAUGAAAGAAAGCCACAUCUCUUCACACAGUUCCCUCCAUCUUUAAGGAAUGCCUUGGAGUCGUACAUCUCAGAGUUGCAGAAAGUAGGCAUGGAACUUAUGGGGCUGCUGGCCAGAGCUUUAAAGAUGGACUUGAGAGAAAUGGAAGAGUGGUUUGAGGAUGGAAUGCAGUCUAUGAGGAUGACAUACUACCCUCCAUGCCCACAGCCGGAGAAGGUCAUGGGCCUCAGGUCCCAUACGGAUGGCUCAGCUAUCACCAUUCUCCUCCAAGUAAAUACAGUUCAAGGUCUCCAAAUCAAGAAAGAUGGAGUUUGGAUUCCAGUUAGCUUUGACCCAGAUGCCUUCGUGGUCAACAUAGGAGACAUUCUAGAGAUUUUCAGCAACGGGGUCUAUAGGAGCAUCGACCACCGAGUGACGAUAAAUCCAACGGAAGAGAGGAUUUCCAUAGCUAUGUUUUUCAAUCCCAAAUUGGAGGCUGAAGUUGGACCAGCCAGAAGUUUGAUAAACCCCAAAAACCCACCUUUGUUUAAAACAGUUGGAAUGCAGCAAUAUCUCAACAGUUUCUUUUCUCGUCAGCUCAGUAGAAAGACAAACCUGGAGCACAUGAGGAUUAUCAAUGGCGAAGAUGCAUGUUUAGGUUAAUGUUGUUGGUAAAAGUCCAUUUGCCGCCACUCUCAUGUGUGGUACUGUUCCUUUUGAUGUUAAAUAAUAUGCUAAUUGCUUGAUGGUAUCAAAUUUGAACUUUGAGCUGAUUAGCAUCUGCUUUCUAUCAUGCACAAGUUGUAAAAUAGCAAAAGCCCGUGUAAUGGGCUGAUGGAUUUGCUAUUAGGAAAAUUGAUUUAACAAGACAAGCUAGCAUGCAAUGAUUGUUUAUAGUGAUUAAUGUUAAUUGAAUAUUUCUUAACA